GCUCUCCAAAGCCCACUGCCAGUUCUCUUCGUGGACUAACUGCAAUGGAGAGACUAAAAAUGAUUCUUUCCUUACCCAUAUUUUCUCUCUUCCUGCUCUUUGCUGUUAACCCUGCAGACACCAACGGUUAUUAUGACAAAGUUUUGGCUCACAGCCGAAUCAGGGGCCGGGAUCAGGGCCCAAAUGUCUGCGCCCUUCAACAGAUUUUAGGCACAAAAAAGAAAUACUUCAGCUCUUGUAAGAACUGGUAUCAAGGUGCCAUCUGUGGAAAGAAAACGACAGUGUUAUAUGAAUGUUGCCCUGGUUACAUGAGAAUGGAAGGAAUGAAAGGCUGCCCAGCAGUUAUGCCUAUUGACCAUGUUUAUGGCACACUGGGCAUAGUAGGAGCCACCACCACCCAGCAUUAUUCUGAUGUCUCAAGACUAAGAGAAGAGAUCGAAGGAAAAGGAUCAUUCACUUACUUCGCACCGAGUAAUGAGGCUUGGGACAACUUGGAUCCUGAUAUCCGUAGAGGUUUGGAGAACAAUGUAAAUGUUGAAUUGUUGAAUGCUUUGCAUAGCCACAUGGUUAAUAAGAGAAUGUUGACCAAGGACUUAAAAAAUGGCAUGGUUAUCCCUUCGAUGUACAACAACUUGGGGCUUUUCAUUAACCAUUAUCCUAAUGGGGUUGUCACCGUUAACUGUGCUCGAAUCAUCCAUGGGAACCAGAUUGCCACAAAUGGUGUUGUACACGUCAUUGACCGUGUCCUUACACAAAUUGGUACUUCAAUUCAAGACUUCAUUGAAGCGGAAGAUGACCUUUCAUCUUUUAGAGCAGCUGCCAUUACAUCUGACUUACUGGAGGCCCUUGGAAGAGAUGGUCACUUCACCCUCUUUGCUCCUACCAAUGAGGCUUUUGAGAAACUCCCACGAGGUGUCCUAGAAAGGAUCAUGGGAGACAAAGUGGCUUUUGAAGCUCUCAUGAAGUACCACAUUUUGAAUACCCUCCAAUGUUCUGAGGCUAUUACGGGAGGAGCUGUGUUUGAGACCUUGGAAGGAAAUACAAUUGAGAUAGGAUGUGAAGGAGACAGCAUAACAAUAAACGGAGUCAAAAUGGUGAACAAAAAAGAUAUUGUAACAAAUAAUGGUGUGAUUCAUUUGAUCGAUGAGGUCCUCAUUCCUGAUUCUGCCAAACAAGUUAUUGAGCUGGCUGGAAAACAGCAAACCACUUUCACAGACCUUGUGGCCCAAUUAGGCUUGGCAUCCUCUCUGAAGCCAGAUGGAGAGUACACUUUGUUGGCACCUGUGAACAAUGCCUUUUCUGAUGACACUCUGAGCAUGGAUCAGCGCCUUCUUAAAUUAAUUCUGCAGAAUCACAUAUUGAAAGUAAAAGUUGGCCUUAAUGAGCUUUACAAUGGACAGAUACUCGAGACCAUUGGAGGCAAACAACUGAGAGUCUUUGUGUAUCGCACAUCUAUCUGCAUUGAAAAUUCAUGCAUGGUGAGAGGAAGCAAGCAAGGAAGAAAUGGUGCCAUUCACAUAUUCCGAGAGAUCAUCCAGCCUGCAGAGAAAUCCCUCCAUGAAAAACUAAAGCAAGAUAAACGUUUUAGCAUCUUCCUUAGCCUACUUGAAGCUGCAGACUUGAGAGAUCUCCUGACGCAGCCUGGAGACUGGACCUUAUUUGCUCCAACCAACGAAGCCUUCAAAGGAAUGACCAAUGAAGAAAAGGAAAUUCUGAUCAGGGACAAAAAUGCUCUUCAAAACAUCAUCCUUUACCACUUGACCCCAGGAGUUUUCAUUGGAAAGGGAUUUGAACCUGGCGUUACUAACAUUCUGAAGACCACACAAGGAAGCAAAAUCUAUGUGAAAGGAGUAAAUGAUACCCUUCUGGUGAAUGAACUGAAAUCCAAAGAAUCUGACAUCAUGACAACAAAUGGUGUCAUUCAUGUUGUAGAUAAACUCCUCUACCCAGCAGACACACCUGUUGGAAAUGAUCAGCUUCUGGAAAUCCUUAAUAAACUGAUCAAAUACAUCCAAAUUAAGUUUGUUCGUGGCAGCACCUUCAAAGAAAUCCCCAUGACUGUCUAUACAACUAAAAUUAUAACCAAAGUUGUGGAACCAAAAAUUAAAGUGAUUCAAGGCAGUCUUCAGCCUAUUAUCAAAACUGAAGGACCUGCAAUGACAAAGAUCCACGUUGAAGGUGAACCUGAAUUCAGAGUGCUUAAAGAAGGUGAAACCAUAACUGAAGUCAUCCAUGGAGAGCCAGUUAUCAAAACGUACACCAAAAUAAUUGAUGGAGUGCCUGUGGAAAUAACUGAAAAACAGACCCGUGAAGAAAGAAUAAUUACAGGUCCUGAAAUAAAAUACACUAGGAUUUCUACUGGAGGUGGAGAAGCAGUGGGAGCUCUGAAUAAAUUGUUGCAAGAAGAGGUCACCAAGGUCACCAAAUUCAUUGAAGGUGGUGAUGAUCAUUUAUUUGAAGAUGAAGAAAUUAAAAGACUGCUUCAGGGAGAUACACCUGUGAGAAAGUUACAAGCCAACAAAAGAGUUCAAGGGUCUAGAAGACGAUCCAGAGAAGAUCGUUCUCAAUGAAAAUCUAAAAGCUAAUCAACACAUAUAGAACCCUAAGUCAACAACCUGACCUUAAAAGGAAGACUAUGAGAGCCAAUUUAACUUUGGGAACUAAAACAUCAGCACAAGACAAAUCAUGGAACAAUUCUGAACACACGUUGAAUUCUUUUAUUGUUUUGUUUUGUUUUCUAAAUGGAAAAACUUGAGAAAAAUGGUGGGAUUAGCCUCCUGUGGGAUAGGAACUGAAGGAAUAUAGUACCUUAUAGGCUUUUUUAUCCUGAAAUUAAGAGUUCUGACUAAAGUGGGAAUCCAUCAAAGAAAAUCCUUGUCACUAGAUUCAUUGUGACUCAAAUCUAAGAGUGGUGAGCUGUUAUCUCAUUGAGAAGAUUGAUCGUUGAAUGUACGUAAUGGUUAAAUCAAAAGCAUGCAAACAGUUACCUCUCCAUGGGAAGCUAAGUUAUAAAAAUGGGUGCUUAGAUAUCACAAACAAACAAAUGAAAAUACUUUUACUUCCAAAGGCUUUACACAUUUCUAAUAAUGUAGGUUUACUGGUAAAUUAUGUUAUUUUUACAACUAAUUUUGUACUCUUGAAAUGUUGUCAUAUGCUUCUUGCAAUACAUAUUUUUUAUCUCAAACAUUUCAAUAAAAACAAUUUUUUUCAGGUAUAAAGAGAAUUACUUCAGAUUGGGUAAUUCAAAAAACUCAAGGUAUAAGUUAAAAAUCAGUUUGGACUUGGGAACAAAACUUUAUACCUCUUUUAUUGUUAACAAUUACUCAAUAAAGGAAAUUGAAUGAAA